AAACGAUAAAGCGAAGAAAACAAAGAAAACAAACAAAUCAAUAGCGUACUGAGUACAAUGAAGCCACCCUCAAUCAAUGUCCAAGCUUUAUUGACUCGCCUACAAUAAGGUCAUUUGACGUGUGAGCAACGAACCAGCUGCCUAGCGUUAUAAUUAUACAUAUGAAAAUAUUCAUUACUUCUCUAUUUCUUUAUUGUCUAAUAAAUGAAUAAUCUAUAGCAUAAAUAUUUGCAGUGUAUAUAUUCAUGUGUUAUUUAUACUCAUGAAUUAUCAAAUAUAAUACAUCUUUUCAUUGAACGAGAUGCAUUGUUGUCGUUUCCAUAGCAACACUGUGGGUGAUUCCAUUUUCUAAUACACAUUAUUCUUUAAUGUUCUUCUUAUUCUAAUUGUCCAGGAUGUAGAGAUUAUUAACAGGACAAGACAAACAUGGGGUGUGGGUCUUCUAAAAGUACAAAUAUAAUUAAGUCUGAACAGUCAACAAGUGUGAACGAAGAUGAUAAAAACCAGAAAAAAGCAUUUGAAAGCCAUAAGAAUGUUCAACCAUCACAAACACAAACAUAUGAACUGAAUAAUACGUUUGAGAACGCCUCAAAGACUGGCAAUAGAAAGACCAAUAGUGAUGGAAUUAAGGACACAAACAAACUUGUUCCUUACAAUGAGGCGUGCAAAGCUUUUCCAAGACCAGCACCACCUCCAGUUGAUGCAAAGGUUGAUCUGGACGAGUUCUUUUCGUCAGAACUAAAAGCCAUCUACCCUGGAUUCGAUGCUAUGACACGUCUUGAUGAUCAUGUUGAAAAGACGCCAAAAUCACUGAAGCAAAACAUUCAAAGUCUAGUGGAAUAUCUGAUGGAAAUCACUUCAACGGAGUACGAUAAGGCACGCGUUAUUAUACGUUGGGUUGCGACUAACAUCGCGUAUGACCUAAACUUCCUGAUUACUGGCAACCACCAAGGUUCUUCAGCUGCGCAAGACGUGUUGGUAGAGGGCUCUGCUGUCUGCGAGGGAUUCUCCAACUUGGUGUUGGAAAUGUGCCAGCUUGCCGGCUUAACCUGUGAAAAAAUCAACGGUAUAGCCAAGGGAUCUGGUUAUGAGAUUGGUGAUGAUCUCGUCAACGGAAAAAAAUCGAAUAAGUUCAGACACGCCUGGAACCGGAUCAAGAUAUCAAACACAUGGUUUCUAUGUGAUGCCACCUGGGCAUCUGGAUACCCAAAGAGAGUGAAUGGAAACUACCAACACAUAUUCCACUGGAAUGAGGGUUACUUCUUAGUUCCGCCAGAAACGAUGCGUUACUCUCACAAACCAUACGACAGUACCUUCACAAUGCUUGAACAGUCGAUAACUGACCUAAAUCAAUGGACAAACGAGGCACGUGUGUUUCCUUCAUGCUGUUUGUAUAAGAUGUCAAGUGUUACACCACCUCUCACUGAUGGGUGCAUUAAAACGGAUUCGAAUAGAGUGGAACUCCAAUUUCGCAGUAUUUUUAACAUGAACUUAAGAUAUACCUUGAUAGAUGACGCAACAGAUGAAAACGUAGAGAAUUCAGUAGCAUCUUUUACAAACAAGAAGUUAACAACGCUGUUUGUACGUCUUCCGCGAGCUGGGUUGUAUAGUGUUGUGUUAUUUGGUGAGCCCGUUCACUUGUCUGAUUGUUCAAAGGAAAUGAGCCAGGAUAUGUUAUUGAGCUUUAAGGUACACACGACAUGCGUCAAUGGUUCGCAGAAAUUUCCAGACUUCACUCAUCUCUUAGGAUCACUUCCCGCUUUUACAGAUGGUGGGUUUAGAUCCUCUGUUAACUUCCCUAUCAUUGAAACAGAAGAUGGGUAUGCCAGGUUUACAGUUAACAGACCAGGAGGAGAGCCAAUAAGAUUCAAAUUUAGAUACGCAAAUGGAACUGAACUUGAUGAGUACAUAUUUGGAGAUACCUAUCCAGAAAAAGUCGUCUUUAAUAUUAGAUGUCCGAAGAAGGGGGAAUAUUCGUUGACACUUUUUGCCAGAUUUAACGAUGAUCUUGUUGAUAACACUAAAUUUAAGCCAGGUGCAACAUAUCUGAUACUGAACAAGAAUGAGCGAGUAACGCCCAUACUACCAUACCCCUCUAAAGUACAAUGGGGACCAACUGACAACUUGUCAAAUUUCAACAUAUCGUUACAGCCCCAAAAAGGCGCUGAAAUAACGUGCAAUAAAGAAGAGGCCACUUUCGAACUAGGCCUAAGUUCCAAUGAACAGAUCAAUAUUUCUUACAAAUUUAAUACCAAGGAAGAUAAAGCAAUAACAAGUAGGUGGGUUUGUGCCGAAAACAACUGGCGUGAAAAAGAUGUGAUUUUGCGAUUUCGAUUUCGUGCACCCGUUUCUGGAUUUUACGAAUUUAAUAUAUUUGCGGGAAAAGUUGGUGCAAAAUCUAAUGAUUGUAUAGGAAGUUGGUUAAUUAACGUUGUUAAUCCGUAUGAGGGAGACUUGUUCAUUGGCAGUACAAACGUACCAUGGGGACCUAACGUUGCCAAAAUGAAGGCAAAUGAUUUACAAGUUCUAUCACCAACAUCUUCUACAAUUUACUCAAGUGAAGAAGAGUCCACGUUGAUUAUCGCAUCGAAAAUAAAAAGGCGUACAGGAAUUAUUUUCAAUCUGAAAAAUGAUUCAGGUAAUGAUAUGCUUGCCGGCUUAACCUGUGAAAAAAUCAACGGUAUAGCCAAGGGAUCUGGUUAUGAGAUUGGUGAUGAUCUCGUCAACGGAAAAAAAUCGAAUAAGUUCAGACACGCCUGGAACCGGAUCAAGAUAUCAAACACAUGGUUUCUAUGUGAUGCCACCUGGGCAUCUGGAUACCCAAGUAUGUAG